AGGUCCGCUCUUGGCGGCGGCGCGGCUCCGGAUCGUUUAGCCGUGUGAUGUUUGCUGAAUGGGCUAAACAUGGCGGAAACUCUCGCGUCUACUCCGGUUCUUGCUGUCUCUCGAUCCCACUGCAGAAUAAGUUUGUUAUGAAGUUUCCCAGAGGAGUUAUUAUGGAAACAUUGGAGUCAGAUGAGAGACCGUAAAACUCCGGUGAAGAUGAACAGCGGACGCGCAGAGUUCCGGGGCUCCCCUUCAUCCCUGCCCGCAGAUCACGUGCUGAGCUCCGGUGCGGUCAUAUUCCCCGGUGUCUUUGACCAGCACGGAUGUCCCCUGGUUGUGUUUCCUGUGGAGGCUCAAUGUAAACUAACAGAGGAGCUGAGCAAAGAGGAGGUGUCCCACUUCAUACACUACUGUCUACGGCUGCACAAUAUAAGAGGCGAGGAGAGCCUGGUGUCUGUGGUUGUUGAUUUGAGGCAAGCCAACCUCGCCAUCGCACGCUUCAUCGCUGAAACUCUUCUGUUGCUGGAGUUUUCCAGAAGGAUCAUCCAUUCUGUGUAUAUUGUUCAACCAAAGAAGAAAGAUGUCCUGAAGCAACUGGGGAAACUCCUGACACCAAAUGGCUCCAAACAGCACAGACCAGUCCUCUUUAAACGCAUCUUCCUCAAAGAGGUUUUUGAGCUGUCCAACUACAUUGACAGAAGCCAGUUAACGUCUGGUUUGGGUGGAUACCUCAUAUACUGCCAUAACAGCUGGGUUGCCUUUGUCAAGGAGAUUGACUCGUUUGUGCAGGAGUUCCUGUUGGUGGUGAACAGACUGCCAUCCUGCAUCUCGACUCUGCAGUCGCUCUCGAAACGUCCCGUCCCUGCAGACUUGGAGCGGCUGCGGGAGUUUUGCUGUGUGAAUGAGGCGCGCUUCCAGCAGCUCAGGAGGGAUCUUGGUUUGGAUGACUUGUUGAAGCAGUGUGAGGGUUUGUUGGAGAAACUGCGUUUCCCUGAGAAUGAGCCCUGUUUUCAUGCUAUGGCUGGAACGCUCCUCUACACGCACACCGCGCUAGAGAUGCUUCAUAACUACAACCGGAUAACCACAGCGGUGGAGAAAGUGGAGUUGCUGUGGCAGCAGGCCUUUUCCAGAGCCCAUGUCCAACUGCAGGUCCUCCGUCUGCAGAGAGAGGCUCAGCAGAUACAGGAGCAGAUGGUGGCCCUGCACAGGGAGAAGGUUCAGUCCUACAGGACUGAAGUGGCUAAAGACGCACACAGGGCCGAAGAGCUGCGGCUGGAGUUUGAGACUUCAAUAUACACUCAUGCAAUGGCGCUGGUUCGUCGUGCUGAGGACGUCGUCCACACUUUAGCGGAGACCGUUCCAUUAAGUGAGAGGAAGCCUACGGAGCCGUGGGUGGAGGAUUUGUCCAGAUUAAAGGAGAACCUCCGCUCUGCUGUUCAACAUCUGCAUCAGACUCUGAGGAUCGUGUCUGACUUCCAUCACACCUACAACAGAUGUAAGAACUGGUACAGCCUAGUGCUCCGCGAGAGCCUCCUGCAGGAGCUGCUGUGGAGUGGACAUUGUGAGAUGAGCAGUUCCCCUGACCUGCGAUCCGGCCUGUCCAGCUGCCGACGAGGAGUCGAGGCCUUCCUCAGGAGAAACCCCUGCCCAGAGGUGCAGGAGCUGGUGAAGCUGGCACAUCUCUCUAAUGUUAUAACGGACCCUCCCGUUCGGCAUACCGGCACACAGUUGUCUCACAGAUGCAUGACUCUGAGGAGACUCUUGACCUCACCUGGUGCUGUCCCUCUUCAUGACCUUCAGCUUGCCCUCCAGUGGCAGUAUGAGUACCUCAAGGGCCACCAGAAGACCUCUGGCAUCACUUCCCCUGAGGAUGAGCGCAUUACCAGCAGUCUGGCUCCAGACUCGGCCGCUCAUGCGGUUUCUCAAUGUGAGAGCUUGUGUGAUUUAUCCAAGUGGCCUUCUGUUGCCGACUGUCAUCACCAGAUCUCAUCUGCUUUGGGAUCGGCUGCAGGCAAACCUCCAUCACUUAGCUCCUUUGACUCUGGUUUUGAUGGAGCGGGUAGCAGUCACUUGGAUGGCAGGAGUAGAAGAGAGCUGCUCCCUAGGAUUCUAGUAAAUGGAGACUCUGGAGACAGCGGCUUUAAGUCGAAACCUCUUCGUGGACAGAUUCAUGGGGAGAACAUUGUUAGCGUGUCUGAUUCUGAAGAUCAGCGUGAGGAUCUGGGAUUUAGUUUAAAGAGGGACUCCACUCAUGCCAGUAUUCAGAUUGUUCCCAAAAUAACCUCAGACUCUCUGAACCUUGAGAUCAAGGUGAAGCGUUCUGCUACGCUACCCAAGAACCCCUGGCUGAGCCUCCCAAUAGAUGAUCUGGAGAGCUCUUAUACGGUCACCAUUACGCCCAGCUCUUCCAACACGCGGAGGGACACGAGGAGCCCCAGCUUCUCUGAGUGCUCAGACCAGGCACGAGAUCGGCCUGCGCAGACUGAUAACCUGGGAUCCGCUCGCAGUCAGCAGCACAGGAGUCAGGACAGCUUUGAGGAGUUGGAGCUGAAUCCCAUGGGAAAUGUUCUGUCUAGUACCUUAACGGAUAAUGAGGACAAGCCCAGCAGCACAGUGGAUGGAGAUCCUUCUCUUCUCUGGGACACGUUUGAUCUACACAACCUCAGACGGGACUCCUAUGAAAGGUUGGAUGCGUCUCUUGGUGACUGGGUUCAGAGAGAGCAACAAGAGCUGAAAGAGGUGGAGGAGACUUUAGACCGAGCAGCUGAGAUACUGCAGGAGGAAGAGAAUGUGCUUGCACAGGAAGUGGUCUUGGAUGAACUUUUGAGAUCAGAGGACCUGCACAAACACUGGCCCUUAUGGACUGAAGGACACCAGCACAGUAUGAUGUCCCCAAGAGAGCUGGCCGAGUCUGGUGUGAUUGGAUUGGACGAUGUCCUUCAGAGUGACCUCACUUCCCUAGACUCUGAGACUAUGAAAUCUAGUGAGAUUUGUGAAGAAGACUCUGAUGCCUCAGGAUUAUCCCAUAAAAGUCCAUCCACGUGUGAAGGGCCUGUGCAGCUGGACACUAGAUGUACUGUGGUACACCGAAGUGGAAUUCUUCGAGAUCUUAGAGACAUUGAAGUUCUUGAGGAGCAAAUUAGGGAGGAGCACUUGAAACUCGAGGCACUGCGCUGCACAGAAACUGAAAGUCUUGAAUCUGAGGAGCCGACGCUGGAUCACGUCACCACACGCAGCUCCUGCAGAGAGAGGAGGAUGUUCCUUCAACAGCUGGAACAGGAGAAACAGGAAGUGGAGAAGAUGGAGAGAAACCUGAGCAGAGAAAUUAAGAAAGUGAACAAGGUGAAGAAGAGGUCGAACAAAGGGCGCAGAGUUGUAAAGUGUUCGGUCAUGGAGAGGAACUCAAAGCUGAAAAAUCUAGAUGAUGAGUUGAGGAAGUGUAGGCUCCAGCAGCAGCAGAGUCCUGAAUCACUUCCAGACUCCGAUGAAACUCCCCAUACAGACACUGAGAAGACCACUUCUGAUUUGAUUUCAAACGCAGAGGAGUGCACCCGUCCAAAUCAAGCUGAAGAUGCUGAGCUCACAGACUCUACUUUGACUUCUGAGCCUGUGAGUUCAAAAAGCCAGCCUGUUUCUGCCACGAGCCUCGGAUGUCCUGCAGCUACUGACUCUGAAUUCCUUCAGGAUGUCCAGUCUUGUCUUGGUGAGCCUGAUGCAGAAAGCAUUUUGUCUGAGACUGGGAAACUGGAAGCCAUGGACUCCAGUGAUAUCCCAUCGCACCUGGCCAGCACAAACGUCCAUGCUGAGCUUUCAGGAGAUGAAACGUCUUCCUGCGGCUGUACAGAUGGAGAUCCUGCUGUGGAUCAAGCAGAGCUGAAGAGCGGUGAAGCUUAUUCGACUCAGGAGAGUGAUGACGUACAAGGUGCGUUUGAUCCUGGAGGCAUCUCGAUCACUCCAGUGCCCACACCACGAAGGGUGGUUCAGAAUGAUAGUGUUUGUAAUCAAGAGAAGAGACACGCAUCAGACUCUGAAGCGCAGGUGGAAUCAGGGUUGUCAGUCAUUUCUUCAAAGCUCAUGCAGAACAAUAACAACAACACGGCAGUGCUGUGCAGUAAAGAGGUGCCAAAGAACUCGUGCUCCUCCACGGUAAUGCCUGAUGACUCCAGGUCUCUGGUGGUGACUGGGCCGUGUGUGGGCAGUGAUGGGGUCUAUGAUGGUGGAGGAUCCAUGAGAGCGGCCUGUGGAUCUACACUCAACCAGCUGCAGCUCCACACGUCCACCAGACAGAUGAGUGAUUAUAAAACACCCAUCAUACUGGACACAGGCUCUGGUCUGAUGAAGGCUGGAUUUGCAGACCAGGACAUUCCAACUACUGUGUUCCCCACAGUCAUCGGGCGUCCCAAAUAUGAGGAAGUAAUGAACGGCAGUGUGGACAAAGAGCUGUAUGUUGGGCAUGAUGCGCAGCACAUGAGAGGAGUGCUAACCCUGAAAUAUCCCAUAAGAAACGGCAUUGUGAGCAACUGGGAUGAGAUGGAGAUGAUCUGGCAUCACACGUUCCAGCAGCUGUGUGUGUCUCCUGAGGAUCAUCCGGUGCUGCUGACCGAAGCUGCCAUGAACCCGCUGCAGAACCGCCAGCGCAUGGUGGAGCUGAUGUUUGAGGCCUUCAGCGUCCCGCUCACGUUUGUGGCGGUGCAGGCUGUUCUGGCGCUCUACGCCUCGGGACGAACAACCGGUGUGGUUCUGGACUCUGGUGACGGCAUCAGUCACAGUGUUCCUGUGUUUGAGGGUUACUGUCUGCCUCAUGCCGUGCAGCGCUUUGACCUGGCCGGAUCCCACGUCACCCUACAGCUCCAGAAGCUGCUGCUGGAGCAGGGUGUGUGUUUGCGCACAUCUGCAGAGCUGGAGAUCGUGCGCGAGAUGAAGGAAAGAUGCUGCUGUGUGGCACUGGAUUACGACGCCGAGCUGAAGAACACAGAAACCUCUGCCUCAGAGGUGCACUACACUCUUCCUGAUGGAGGGAUCGUCUCACUAGCCACUGAACGCUUUAGGGCACCUGAAAUCCUCUUCAGGCCGGAACUGAUCGGACGAGAUCAUUAUGGGAUGCACGAGAGCGUGUUCAGAUCCAUCCUGCAGUCAGACAUCGACUUGCGGCGCAGUUUUGUGGGAAACAUCCUCCUGUCAGGUGGGAACACGAUGCUGUCGGGCCUCCCCACGCGCCUGCAGCAGGAGAUCAGGCUCAUGUGUCCCGCGGAUCUGAGCACAUGCGUGCGGGUCAGCAGCCCGAGCGAUCGGGACUUCUCCGUGUGGUGUGGAGGAGCGGCGCUGGCCAACAUGCCCGACCUCUGCAGUGCCUGGAUCAGCGCUGACGAGUACGAGGAGUUCGGCCCGCAGAUCAUUUUCAGGAAGUGCUUCUGACCCAGGACUGAUCUUAAAACGUUUUUAACACUUUUAGACAGGGUGUUUUUUUUGUUUGUUUUUGGUGCUAUAGAGUGCAGUAGAGUCCAUUAAUAGUGCCAAGUGUUGAUGUGAGUCUUUUAGGACUCUUUUAGAGCCUGUAUGUUCAUGUACUGAGUCUGUGUUUUUAGAUUCCAAGAGAAAAAUGACCCUUUUAAGCUCAACAUGAAGAGCUCUUCACACUUCUAACUGGUUGUAUCAAUCAGAUUGUUUGUCUCUUUGCCACUUAAUUAUAAUCUAAACAAUUAAUUGUCUAAUAUGUAAAUUUAUUUGUUUAAUAUAUCUAUGAGAUAUUAAUGUGACCUUUUGAGUGUUCUGAUGCUUUUCAUGAGGCUCAUGUUGCAACUAUUACUUGCGUCUACAAUCAUUACAUCAAUGAAUCCGGUUGACAUGAGGCUUCACUGUAUUAGACGCAUGACAGAUCCUUUCCUCCAUAUGUGUUUCUCAGCUGUUCCUCAGACACGUCUGUGUUUCUCUGCUGUGUUUUGAUUUGCUGAGAAGGUUUGAGCUGAUUUGCAUGAAUCUCACUUCACACGUCUUUUCGUUUGUAUUUUCACUUGGGUUUUUGUUUUAUCUGAGGCGGUUUUGAGCUGCAUAUGGAUCUGUCAGUCUUUGGCCUCAUGCAGCACGUCUGUUGAUCUCUGUGAGGUUUGCUGUUGUUUACAUGUUCAUUAGCUGCUCAAUCCUAAUAUGUCUUCAGCGGUUUAACGCGCUUCGUAUGUUGCUCAAUGUAUUUGCCUUGAAUGCACUGUGAUCCUGGCACAUGUUUAGCAUCAGUGUCUGUUAACUGGGUAAUGUCUGGAACUUUUUACAAUAAAUAUGACUUCU